GACAUUUAUGAAAAAAAAGCAUCCAGUCGGCGCAAGAGGCAAGUGUGCUUGAACAAAACUUGGAAGAUGUCCAACUCUCAUCUGUUCCUGAAAUCUGCCUUCCCGCGGGCCCCGCUGGCCAACGGAGUAGGUCGGUAUGUGUGCCAGCUCCAGCGCAUCACCCUGAAGUACUGCAAAAACAACGGCUCCAGCAAGGGUAUGCGGGAGUUCCUGGAGAACGAUCUGCUGGAUUUCAGCCGGACUAAUCCGGGAGUGGUGGUAUACGUGAAACCUCGCCGGCACCGAACAGCCGUCAUGUCCGCAGAGUACCUGAACGGCGACAGGCAGUGGAUCAACUGUCGGAACAACACCCGCGAGGAGAUUCGUAAAUGGGUCGAAGUGCUAAAGACGCAGGCCACCGGUUCCAGUGAUACACGGUUACGUAAACUGUGGCAUACGGAUGUGCCGUCGGUGCAGGGCGCGUGGACGCCGUUCACCCAUCAGCACCCUACCGGAAAUGUGGCGCAGUAUCCAAAUAGAGAGCUCUCGAAGCUGCAAACGGACGAGAUGACAGCCACCGAGAAGCUGAUCGAGAUGUACCGAGCGCAAAAGUUGCAGCAAGGGGAUGCACCAUCCUAAAGGGUGUGAGUGAACACAGGAUUCGGAGAGUUAGUGUAGGACACCCUUACAUUGCAUCGUACGGGGUGUGGACCGCUAAAUUUUCAACUGGAAUGGCAAGCAUGUUUGUUCCGUAGGCCGCCAACGCUGACUCUCGGACUAAGUGCUAGGUUCGUUCUAUAGAUUUACUGUUAAUGUUGAUUAAAUGCGAAUAAAAAUCACUUAAAACCAUA